AUGGGUCUCAACAGUGCUGCUUCCAUCCUCCUUGUCUCACUAAUUAUACUGUUCGUAAUUUUAUCCCUUGAAACCAUUAAACUCGGUUUCUGCAAUGAUGAUCAUAAUGUGGGAUGCAUAGAUAUAGAGAGAAAAGCCCUUCUCAAGUUCAAACAAGGCCUCGAAGAUUCUUUGGACCGGCUUUCAUCUUGGGUGGGAAAAGAUUGCUGCAAAUGGAGUGGUGUUGGCUGCAACAACAUAACUGGACGUGUCAACAAGCUCGAUCUUUGCAAUCGCUUUUGGUCAGAUGAUGACGGAGCAAUAGUGGUUAAUGUAAUUAGUGGUGAGAUAAACCCUUCUUUGCUUUAUCUUGAUCUUAAUAAUGACCUAUUUCAGACUGACCUUGAUAGCCUUGGUGACCCAAAUGAGACUGACCUUGAUGGCCUUGGUGACCCAAUUGAGACUGACCUUCAGUGGCUUGCAACUCUUUCUUCCUUAAAGUACCUUAACUUGGGAGGAGUGGACCUUACCAAGGCAGCAUCCUAUUGGCUUCCCACUAUUAAUAUGCUCCCUUCACUUGUUGAAUUGCAUUUGCCCUCUUGUGGACUAUCCAUCCUUCCUCUCACUCUUCCUUCUAUCAAUUUCACAUCCCUUUUGGUUCUUGAUCUCUCUCACAAUUAUUUCACCUCCACGAUACCUCCUUGGUUGUUCAAUCUCAAAAGCAUGAGAUACCUCAAAUUGUCAUAUAACUCAUUCCAAGGUUCAAUCCCAAAAUCAAUUGGAAACUUAACAUCUUUGGAGAAGUUUUACCUUACAAGGAAUCAAAUGAGUGGGAUCAUCCCAGAAAGCCUUGGGGAGCUCUCAUCAUUGGUUUCACUUUAUAUCUAUGGUAACACAUGGGAAGGUGCCAUUACAGAAGCUCAUUUCCUCAAACAUUUCCUUGGUUUUCAACCUAAGUUCUGA